CGGGUAGGUCACCGUGCUAUUAAACGCAAAAUCAAAACCUAAAUUCCUCUUCCUCACCUUUUCCUUCUUUCUUCUUUCUCUUUCCAUUUUCUUCCACGCUUAUCGGAACCUACUUCUAUUUUUAUGCACUUCCCUAACACGUUAACCACGCAGAUUUUGUAUUUGUGUUAGAGUGACCCUUAUGGUCAUGGCUAGUCAAACUGAAACCCUAGAGAAUCCUCCUCCUCCUAUAGAGGUGGAGGGAUCUAUGGUUAGGGAUGAUACUGGGAAGGACUUGGUAGUUGGGGUUUUGGGUUCUGAUUUGUGCAUACAAGGUGUUUGUGCUAAUGCUGAGCUGAAUCAUGAUGUGGGUUUUGAUGGGUCAGUUCAAGAGGAUAAAGAUGUGGGUCUUACUAUUCGAGGAGUUGAAGGGUUUCAGGGUUCUCAAGCUGUUGGGUCAUUUGAAUGUAAGAGUGAGAAGGAGGAGGUUGAGUUUGGUGGAAAUGAAGCAAGUUUGCAUAAAGAUGGUGUUUGUGGUAGUGUUGAGGUGAAUAACGAUGUGGGUUUUGAUGGGUCAGUUGAGGAGGGUAAAGUUGUGAAUGUUGCUAUUGGAGGAAUUGUAGGGUUUGAGGAUUCUCAAGUUGUUGGGUCAUUAGAAGGUAAGAGUGAGAAUGAGGUAGUUGAGUUGGGUGGAAAUGAAGCAACUUUGAAAACAUUGGAUGAGCAGAAGAAGAAGGAGGAGGAGGUAGAUGGAAUAUUGGAGAAAGAAGUAGUAAGUGACAAUGUUACUCGGGUUGAGUUGGAUGGAGGGAAAGUUGGUAUUUCUGGAAAGAUUGAUGAUUCAGACAAAGAGAAGGAAAUUGGAGACAAAGAAGUUAUUGAUGGCGAAGAACAGGCAAAAGCAUCAGAUGGAAAAGUCGAGAAAGAAGUGAUGAGUGAUGAUGUUAUUCGGGUUGAGUCAGAUGAAGGGAAAGUUGGUAUUUCUGAGAAGAUUGAUGAUUCACAGGAAGAGAAUGAAAUUGGAGAUGAAGAAGUUAAUGACGCCGAUGAACAGGUAAAAGCAUCAGCUGGAGAAGUCAAGAACAAAGUGAUGAGCGAUGAUGUUAUUCAGGUUGAGUCAGAUGAAGGGAAAGUUGCCAUUUCUGAGAAGAUUGAUUUGGACAAAGAGAAGGAAAUUGGAGAUGAAGUAUUUAAUGAUGCCGAAGAACAAGUAAAAGCAUCAGAUGGAAAAGUCGUGAAGCAUGGCCCCGUGAAGAGUUCAGGGAAAAGUCGUAGAGAAGGGAAGUUUUCUGUGAAUGAUCUGGUUUGGGGCAAGGUGAGAAGCCAUCCAUGGUGGCCAGGACAGAUAUUUGAUCCCUCGGAUGCAUCUGCGCAGGCAAUGAAGCAUUUUAGAAAGAACUGCUAUUUGGUAGCAUACUAUGGGGAUGGAACGUACGCGUGGAAUGAAGGGUCUAAGCUGAAGUCCUUUAGGUCACAUUUCUCUUAUAUUGAAAAGCAGAAAAAUUUGGAAGUGUUCCGGAGUGCUGUAGAUUCUGCUUUGGAUGAAGUCAAAAGACGAGUCGAAUUUGGGCUGGCGUGUUCCUGCAUACCUAAAGAUACUUAUGACAAGAUUAAACUUCAGGUUGUUGAAAACUGUGGGAUUCGACAAGAGCCAAGUUUGGUACAUAGAGUUGAUGAAUCUUUAAAUGCUACCUCCUUUUCACCUGAGAAGCUUAUGGAAUACUUGAAAGCUUUAUCCAAGUUUUCAACUGGAGGCUUUGAUCGAUUGGAGCUUACAACAGCGAAGGCUCAGCUGCUUGCAUUCUACCGGUUAAAGGGUUACUCUUGCUUGCCCGAAUUACAAUAUUGUGGAGGUUUGGAAAAUGACACUGACACCUUAAUUAAUGAUACUGAUAAAAAAUUGAGUGAAGUUAAUGAGCACAAAAUUCAUACAAGUAAAAAUGGUGAUCAAACUGGAACCGGAGAUUCAAAAGCCACAAACCAAUCCCGUCGCAAGCGUAAACAUAAUCUAAAGGUUGGUGAUACAGCAAAAAAGAAAAGCUUGUUUGAACCAGCCAAUGGGACUCCAGAUUCUACCCACAGUGAUUAUCCGAAUGAUGAUGAGGCCAUUGCUAAUCUUUUUUCCCCUGUCCUUUCCAAGAAACGAAAGACUAUUGCUCAUCAUUACGCUGACGUCCCAAGGGUGAAAGGCAGAAGAAAGACUAUUUCCCUUGACAAAAGUUCAAGCACCACAAAACAAUCAUUUAAAAUUGGCGAUUGUAUCCGUAGGGUUGCUAGCCAACUUACUGGGUCGCCCUCUAUGUUGAAAUAUUCUGGAGACACUUCUCUGAUGGCAGAUGGUAAUGGAGACAAUUUAUCAGAAAAUAAAUCUGAUCCCUUCUCCCCUAAUUUUGAGGAGACUCAGAAGUCAAGCUUGAUUUUUCCUACAGAGUUUUCAUCUCUAGAAGAUUUGCUAUCUUUACUUCAGUGGGUAGCAAAGGAACCAAAGGGAGAUUAUAGUUUCUUGAAUGUUAUAGGGAGUUUCUUCUCUGAUUUCAGGAAUUCAAUCAUUGUGACCAGCGAUUCUGGGAAAGAAAUCUUACCUACAAAAGUUGGCACUAAAAGGAAGAAACCAGCCAUAGGUGAAUCUCCUGAAACAUUUGACUUUGAUGAUCUGGUUGACACAUGUUGCAUGCAGAAUGGUUCCGAAGAACAACAAUCACAGAGAAGCAGCAAACCAGACUAUGAGCGCGCCCCUUCUGAGCCAGAAAAACCUGUUCAUGUUUAUACACGUAGGUCCUGUUCCAGGAAACAGUAUUUUGGUAGCAAUCACGCUGAGGUUCCUGAAAAACCUGCUGGUUAUAUAGAUGAGAAAUCCCCAGCUGAACUUGUGUUGAACUUUGCUGAUUUGGAUUCUGUUCCCUCAGAAACAAGCCUAAAUAACAUUUUUAAGCAUUUUGGACCUUUAAAGGAAUCUGAGACAGAAAUUGAUAGAGGAAGCAGGCGGGCAAGAGUGGUUUUCAAGAAGUGUGCCGAUGCGCAAGCUGCUUUCGGCAGUGCUAAACAGUUCAAUAUAUUUGGACGAAGUCUUGUAGAUUACCAGCUUAACUACUCACCGAGUGCAUUGUUGAAAGCUUCAUCUUUUGCUACCACACAGGACCAGGAAUUGCAUCUUGAUCAUUCCAAUGUUGAACUUAAUGUGGUCUAAAUCAUUUGGUCAUGAAUAUUCUAGUGCCAAUAUUGUUCUUAAGGAAGCAUGUUGGUUGACCAGUGAUUGUGAAGGACCAUUAAAAGAAAACCUGGACAAUGUUCAGAAACCCCUACAAUUUUCAAUCCGGCCAAGACAAAAUGAAAUAUGUCUAGCAACAGUAUGAGACUACUAAAGAAAGAUUUUUGGAAGAAAAGAAGGUAUACUUGGACAAAUUUAACUAAUGAUUUUUAGAUUUUAAUGAUACUAAAUGCCAAUGUAUCCUCUAUUAGCUCUAUUUUACUUUCUUAGAGAUAUUUGGCAUUACAAAACAAAAGUUUUAAUCUAGGACAGGGUGGUAGUGAGAACAGUGUAUAGAUCUAUCUUGAAGUUUGCCACUGAAAAUGUUAAUAAGUAAACUAUCCAGUUCUGUGGUAGAAAAUAGGAAUUUGAUUACCUAUUUGUUUAGCUACUCUUAGGCCUUCUAACUAUUUGUUCCGUAAAGAGAUACAGAUACUGAAAUGUCUGUUCAUAGGAUUUUAUUGCAUGCUAAUGAUUGCUCCAUCCUUA